AUGCCUUUCCGCUGCCGCAGCCAGCUGUCGCGGCAGCAGCAUGAACGUGUGGGGCUCAACGUGGUCAUGAUGCAACCCAACUGGCGCAUGAACCCCAGACACAAGGUCAUUCUGAACGCGACGGCCGUCACCUGCGUCGUCGCCCUUGUGCUUCACUUGGGAGCGACGAUGUGGAUUCGCCUCAUUGACCGCGGCGUUUUCCGUGCAAGCUCGCAGCGGACGCCUCACGCGAAGCAUGCGGAUCUACCGUUUUUUUCCGGAUGCGCCGAAGUGGCAUGCCACAAGUACAUGGCUGCCAUCGAGCUCUCGAUCAACCGAUCUCAAGACCCGUGCCAAAAUCUCUACCGCUUCGUCUGCGAUGGAUGGAAGCACCCACAUCAUCUACUUUCUGGCGUGGACGCUGCGGAAGCUGAGAUGUAUGGUCGCGCCCUCAGAGCCAUCGAGUGGAGCUAUGAAGACAUUGGCGGCCAUCAUCCUUCAAAGCAGUCUGCGUCAGGCGUAGCGAAGAAGGUGGCUGGCCUUGCGAAGUCAUGCAUGGAGCUAUCACAGAGCAGCUUGUCUGACCUGAAACGGUUCAUGGUCGAGCGCCAUCUCCCAUGGCCAAAUACAUCUCGCUGGGAUCUUUUAGAGAUAUUGCUGGACCUGUCAGGCAACUGGAACGUCCACCUAUGGUUCCACGUGAGCUUCGAGCUGGCUCCCUUUCGCGGUGGCACAGGGGAGCCCCUACUCAGAAUUGGUCAGAGCGCUGCCUUCCAUGCCUGGAUCGCGACCAUACGUAUGUUCGCCGGCCAGCGGGCGGGCACGGCAGCUUCCUUGGGGUACAGGAGGUACGUGCGAGCCAUGUUGGACAUAUUCGGCGCUUCCGAAGCAGUCCGAGAAGAAGUCGCCGCCAAGAUCGAGGCGAUGGACCGGCUCACGCUGGAAGUGCUGGGUCCUGCCAUGGCCGAACCAGACUCGAGAAUCCUCCGGACCUCUAUAGGCAACCUCACUGGCACGGCGACUCCCGGCAUUGCUGCUGGUCGGCUGUUGCUUCUAUUGAACGAGUACUUCAUCUGGGCACGCCGCUUCACAGCACAGGACAUCGUGCAAGUGGAAAAUGUCGGCCUGCUCCGGUCCGUCGUCUACCUCCUGGGACUCAAAUCGCACGUGCGAGAGGCACUCACGCUCAGCUUAGGCCUUCGCGUUGCUUACGAGCUGGGCUGGAUGGCGAGCCGAGAGAUUGCGGAUGUGACGCUGGAGCUUUCCGCCCUGCCUCCGUCGGCACACUGGCAUCGUUGCCUGAUGCAGGUAGAAAGCACUGUAGGCACUGAAUGGCUGACUUUGUUUCCGAAGCGUCGUGGAGCGGAGGAUGUCACUCGCAAUGUACAGGACAUCCUCGUUGACGUCCUGGCUCGUCACAAGAACACCUCACUCCAGCUUCAGGCCCCGAGUGCUGCUUUUCUACGAAACAACGAGAGCUUCCUAGACAGCAUGCUGCCAGAGCCAAGGCACGGAGCUCGCUUCUUCGUCGACUGGUUGAAGCUGAUGAGCGGGCGUUGGCGACUCCUGGAACAAGACAUGACCAACGUUCUUAAGCCAGGUUCCUUUCUUAGCCACCGAUGGAGCUUCCACGGCGCCAUCACUGUCGCCGAAGAUUUCUUCGUGUUCCCACUGUUCCACCCAGACUUUCCAGCAGCCGUAAACUACGGCGGUGCCGGACGCCUCAUUGCUGACGAGGUGCUCAGGGGACUCUACUCCUAUAACCUGUUCCACAAUAACCCCUUCGGCAGCCAUGAAAGUCGCAAGCGUUACGUUCAGCAGACCAACAGCAGUUCCAGUUCGGUAGUUGACGGGUCGCCGUAUCUUGUGGACUCGAAGGCCCUGCUAGCCAGUCUGGCUGCCUACAGGCUUAGCGCUGCCCGACACCCAAGCAGCGCAUACUCGACUGCGUCGAGCCUUGCGCAAGACAGACUUUUUUUCGUGGCUUCAUGCUACGCACUCUGCUCCAGCGGCAACUACGUGGACGUGUUAUACGGAGACCCGAGCCAUCGCUGCAACGAGCCCGUCAAAGCCUUGCCCGAGUUCGCCGCAGCGUUCCACUGUGUAAACACGCAUGCGGUGCAAUAG